AUGGAAGUGACGAAUAAUGUACAACGAAAAGGUCUGCCGCGUUCACUUCAAUUCCAACGAAUGGAACGAAUCGUUAAAGCCAUGCAACAUCCGACAGCAGGAGUACCCGUACGUAGUCAAAAGUUAUUUCUGACAACAGUACCGAACGCUUUUACUGGCGCUGACGUAACUGAAUGGAUUAUGGAAAAAUUAAAUGUCAAAGAUUCCGCUGAAGCACUUCAUUUGGCGUCAUUAUUGUGUUAUUAUGGAUACUUUUUUCAUAUAACAACAAACGGGGCCGUGCAAAUAAAAGAUGAUAAUGAAUUAUUUCGCUUUCAGGCACCUUAUUAUUGGGUUUCGACUAAUUGGACAACAGGAAAUAUUGAAUACGCGAUUUACUUAUUGAAACGAACGUUGCGAAAUCGUCAACGACAUGGUCUUGAAGAGCACGAAAUGCAUGCGUUAGACGAUCUGAAGAAACGAUUGAUUCACCAGUGGGAUUUUGUAACCAUGCAAGCUGAAGCUCAAUUUCGUGUUUUGAAAGAUCGUAAGAAGACCGAUAAAACGAUUAUCGACAGUCAAGAACGAGCGUUCUGGCGUGUGAUGCGUCCAUCGCCUGAUGAAGCAUCCGUUCUCGAAAUGGAUAUACGAAAUGAUUUAUACACGCAUCGCCCGAUGAAACGUGAUGAAGUCCUGAAACGUCGUCUAGAAUAUCUCAAACAGGCGUUGACCAACCGAGUUCGCACAAAGUCUUCGCAAACGCAUCAAAGUUUAUGUGCGUAUUCUGAAUUACUCAGUUAUUAUGACCCAUUCCUGGGCCAUUGUCUACCUUCAAAUCCUUGGCUUACAUCGGAUAUAACUCGAUGGGAUCUGACACAACCUUUAGUUGAUAAUCCUACUCAGCUUCGUGUUCGUCGAUGGUCAUUCGGUUGUAAAGAGCUUCUAUCCGAUCCGACGGGUGUUCGUGAAUUUAUGAAAUUUUGUCAAGCUGAUUUUUCCACGGAAAGCUUAAAUUUCUAUCUUCAUGUUCAAGCACUACGAAAUUGCCCAUUAUCUCAAAUAAAACAAAAAGCCGAGCUCGUCUAUCGAGAACAUUUGGCACCGAAUGCUCCUCAAGAAGUUAAUAUCAACGAUACGAUACGAACAAAAAUCAUCAAACAAUUAGAUAAUCCAACUCGUGAAAUCUUUUUCGAAGCUGAAAAACAUAUCAUUGAAUUAAUCAAGAAAAACAGCUAUCCACGUUUUAUCCAAUCCGAAGUCUAUCGGAGUCUCAUGCAAAAUGCGCCCAAUCCAGUGCCGAAGAAACCUGGAAUAUUCCAUUUUGUCAAAGAUAAUUAUUUCCGAACGUCGGAAAGUAGCAGCGAUGACGAAUAUGAUUCGGAUGAUUCUGCUCAUAAAGUUGAUAAUCCUGCUGCUAAUACUCUGAGUAAAUCUCAACCGUUAGUUGGCACACUAGUCAAUACGACAGCGGUAGCAACGGCUGUUGUCGCCGCAACUUCUGCAUCGAUCCAGGCGUUGGGCAAUGAUGGUAAAAGACUUUCUCUACGCAAUCAACCCGGAUCGAAAUAA